AUGGAGCCGGAAAACUCAGUACCCCAGAAUGACAACGGUGAUAUCGUCGAUUCUGAUUCCAGCCUCUCCAGCAGCGUCGAAGAUCUACUCACGGAUCGAAUCAACACUCUAGCCCAAUUCUUGACUUUGCUAGGCAACAAAAUCCUCCUAGGUGAGCAGCGGGAAAUUGACAUGCAAGUCCAAAUCGACAAAAUCAACGACCGUCUCGAGAUACUUCAGGAACGCCUCGAGAAACGCUUAGAGGAAAUUGACCAGGACGUCAAGGCUCGCGACACUCAACUCGACGGCCACGAUACGCAUUUGCUCUACCUUCGCGCCGGCGAGCUAGAGACCAUAUGGGACAAAGUCACCAGCAACAUUCCGCUGGAAGACAUCUACAUCCUGCACGGAGCGGACGUUGCGCUCGACAUGCUUGCACUCAAUUUCCUCCAUGUGACGGACCAACAGCGCUAUGAGGUUGCCAAGGUCGGUUUCGAGAAUCUGUACGAAUUUCCUUUCAAUGAUGAUAAUGAACAGAAGAUCACCACUGGGCCUGCAGAAGUCCGCAAGACGAUCGACAAGCGGGCCAAUUUGAAGUUUCUGCGUGCCUGGAAGUGGUCAUCUGAGACGGAGUAUUUGGUGGAUUUGUGCGAUGCGAUCUUGGGGAAGUGGGAAAACAAGUUAAAUCGGUACUAUCCUAAUGCGCAGUUGCGACAGGAUUACGAGGAGUUGGAGACGUUGUACAUCAACAAGGGGGUGUAG